AUGCCCAAGAAGACUUAUUUACGACCAGCCAACGAUGACUAUGCUCCCGAUAACAAUAUCCAGCUCGGUCACGUCUGGCGGAACCCGCGAGACCCUGGGUCAUUCAUUGGGGACCCUCUUCCCAUCACCAGUGAGAUGAAAAUCAAUCAUACCCGCAAAGAUUCUUUUACCAUUAAUUUGGGCCGCGAAUCCCACGGAGGAUUCGCUCUGUGGGCUAAGGUCGCGCAACUGCCCCUCGGGGCAGCCGCACGCGCCCACUGGGACAAUACUGCGGGCGGCGCCUACAAAGUCCCUACGAUGGACACAUACUCUAUUGAACCGACGCGAGCGUACAUUGAGAAGAGUGUUGCGUCCGUCUCAGCCGAGAUUCUUGGAUACGGACCAAAUCUGUACAUGGUUACAGGUGUCAAAAUUGCGCGGGGUGGCGAGGGAACACAUAGGGAGUUGCACGCCUUUGGUUCCAACAUCCAAGGAGGCACUAAUGCAGGGGUAUAUGUGCCAGUCGAGGUGGGUGAACAUUUCAACUACUCCAGGGCUACGCACUACAACCAGAAUUUUGGCUCGGCUGGGGAAUUUGUCUUCGCGUACCGCAUGAGGGAGAUCUUUUACAAGAGCGGCACUUUGAAAACAAGGGAAUACAACAAGGGAGCCGUUCUCGGGGAAGAUUCCAUUCACAUUAAAGAGAGCGGGAAAGGAGAAUUGAAUAUCUUUAUUACGGAGGCUGGUAUCGGUGACGAUGACGUCGAGGCUAUUGGAGAUUGUUAUUUCUUUACAGAUGAUGAUGGUGAGGCUUGCAAGAUCGUUUUUUGA